AUGGUUAGUCAAGAAUAUUUGGAGAAUGAUAACAAUGAUUUCAAUACUUUGUCCUUUCCUAAUGCAUCACUAUGUGACGGUUAUGAUGGUAAUGGUGAUAUGGCAUCACUUUAUUCCAUAAGGCCUGAACGAUCUUAUC